CACAACUGAGGUGACUGACCUUAUAUUUGUGUGUUGAAAGUCAGUCUACUAGCUGGUACAGGUAACAAUGAGAAGCCAGUGGAUAUAAAAACCGAAUGUCUACUUUUUCACACCAUGUACAUACAACAUUCGAGAAGCGCUCUAGAGGAGAGUCAUACCAAAGAGAAGCUUAAUGUAAUGCAUGCAUGGAUGUCUGAAGUCUGCCGCAAGGUUCUGUCUAUUUUUGCGGGUGUUGGGUGGUUGCUUGGUGUCGAGAAGGCUGGCGGCGUCAUUACAAGCGGGUGGUGAUAUAAAUAGAUGAGGAUCGAUCUCCCCAUAGACCGAAAAGAAAAGUAAAUAUUUCUCCUCAAGUGGGAAAUAUCCAUACAUAUUUAAAUGAUUUUAUUUAAAGUAUUUCUGAUACUGAGUUGAAUCUAUGUAUUUAGCUUGCUAGCGAUUAUUAUUACCAUCCGUUAAAUACAGUAGUUAGUUAUUAUAGUUAAAUAACUAGUUAAAUAUCGUAUUUAUGAACUCCAACGCCAAACGAGCCAAGGCAGCAAAUAUCCCCAAAUAGGUAAUUCUGACCGCGCGCUCACUUACGAACGCGCGACGUUCGCUAUAUGCAGAAUCCCAGACAGCAGCAGUACGACAAGAAUAGACAGACAAUUAACCGAUUGGAAUAUUUUUCUGCCUUUUGGAGCCGGAAGAAUCUCCCAUUCGCUGAGAUUAUGGUCGUGGAGCAAUCCUCUUCUAGAAUUCACAACCUCGCAUUCCACCAACGAGUACUUGUUUGAACGCCUUGAUAAAAGAAAUGUCAGAAGAUGACCUGCUUCAAAGGAACAAAUCUCUAUCGGCUAUCGCGAGCCGGCCUGGGGUUCUGGGUGCCCUGGCGCGCUUCUGGCUCCGGUCGUAUGCCGCGGACUAUGUGAGCUUGAUCGUGCUCGUCGUGGGAUGGAUCUUGAUCCAAAUAUUCGUACGACCCUUUUACCGCAUGUUUACGUUGGAUAAUGUUUCUAUACAAUUCCCAUUUGCGGAGGUGGAGCGGGUUCCAGUUUUCUCGAAAUACAGUAUGGUCAAUUAUUUAUGCGGGAGUGAUGCCAUUGAUCAUCAUAAUCGUGUGGGCGGUGAUCAUUCGGCCAGAAACCCACUUCACGCAUGUAUCCGUGCUUGGGCUCCUCGUCACUCUUGCUCUUACUUCCUUCCUAACCGAUAUAAUAAAGAAUGCGGUGGGUAGGCCACGUCCCGAUUUGCUCUCGCGCUGCAGCCCGGAAAAAGGCACGCCGGCACAUAAGAUGGUUACCAUUGAAGUGUGCGGAGCGCCGGAGUCCCAUCGACUGCAUGAGGGAUGGAGAAGUUUCCCGAGCGGACAUAGCAGUUUUGCUUUUGCGGGGUUAGGAUAUCUUGCCAUGUUUUUCGCAGGACAAUUACAUGUAUUCCAACCUCGAACAGGCUUAGCUCGCUUCCUGUUCUCCCUUUCCCCUUUAUUAGGGGCUCUGUUGAUCGCCAUGUCUCGAUUAGCAGACUAUCGACACGAUGUGUAUGACGUGGCGGUUGGCUCAUUACUAGGGAUAUCAGUUGCAUACUUCACCUACCGACGCUAUUAUCCGCCAUUGCGGUCAGUAUACUGUGAUACUCCAUACAGUAGGUCGGAAAUACCACCAGAAGGCUUUCAUAGGGUUGCGCGAGAUGAGGAAGAGCGUUUGUUCAGCGGUAGAGUUGCUCGAGGGCCAAACGGGGAGUACGGUGAUGAUGGGUAUCAGAUGCGAGGAAUGGAAACAGGGCGAGCUUAAUAAUCACGUAUUCAUGUGAAUAGACAGGACAGGUUCCUUUUUCUUCGGGAGUCGUAUAGAUGUUUUUCAUUUUGUAUAUAUAUAUGGGCAUUUACUUACUACUGACUACAGGGCGCUUGAUCGCGACCGCGAACCAAUUUUCUUGGGGAGGUCAUAUAUUUAAGGAUUCUCGGAUUUUUUUUCUCACGAAGCAUCUUACUUUACUCUAUCAUUUACCCCAUUUCGUCCGAUUAGCCAAAGAUCGAAUUCCAAUCAUGUCAUCUAUCAAUAACCAGAUAUAUCUCGGAAAUCUAUCUAUAUUCAAUACCCUCAUUUUGCAUCAUUCCCUGGCCCCGUAUCUCACUGUCAAAUGAUGAAAAUCAAAAUGCCACCCAAUGCGCCCUCCCGUAGCGAAAACGAGAAGUAUAUCGAUAUACUCUUAUAUCUUCGAGGGAUGGAAUAUGUACCUCAUCUGCUCAUCGUGGGUGCGCACAUACGUGCCAACGCGAUACAGGAGACGCUCAACGCCGAAGCCGGAUAAUGGCUCGAAUGACUCAAAGGAGCAGACAAGGACGAUGAAGAAUAGCAGGGAAGCGGGGGCGGGGAGCGUAGGGGUAGUUAUUUGAUUUUAGGAAGAUAGAGGUUUGCGGACAUGAAUGUGAUGGUGGAGGGAGAGGGAGGCUGAGAAGACGAAGAGGGCUAUGCUUGAGGAGAUUAGGGAGAUAAUGGAAUCCAUUGUAGAUAUCUGUGUGUUUAUGAUGCUGUAGUUUAUGUAUCUACCUCUAUAGUCUGUAAGAUGGAGGCUGCGGCCACUCAUAGCAUCCCCAUUUUCAACACUGUUUUAAGCCCAUUCCUGGCCACAUGACGCGAAACCUAUCCAUGGAUGCUGCUUCUAUUUCAAUAACAAUAACACAUCUCACGUAUCUCAGAGACAGCAAUAAGUACAAUGUUAUAUCUAUAAACUAUCA